GGACCAAACUGCAGUCAAUACAGCUGAACAUCAAGGAUCAACUGAUGGAUGUCUAUAUCAAUGAAGGGGGACCAUCAGGUUAUCCUCACAAAAGGAAGAGUUUGGAAAACAGUACAGAAAGUAUUUAUGAAAACGUGAUGAUCCACAGUCUGGAGCCAAACAGAACUGGACCUGCACUCUCAGGUGCUGCAGAUGUGAAGAAGAGCCCCUGCAGAGCUGCUGCAGUGUGUCUGAGUCUGCUGUGUCUUCUCCUUCUGACUGGACUCAUAACUCUGGCUUGCCUGUUCACCAAAAGCAACUCUGAGUGGAAAAUGGAGUUGGUCCUGGUUCACAACAGUAACAACAACCUGACUAUGGAGAGAGACCAGUUACAGACCAGUAACAACAACCUGACUAAAGAGAGAGACCAGUUACAGACCAGUUACAACAUCCUGGCUGACGAACGAGACCGGCUCCAUAAAGGAGUUAAAGACAUGACCAAAAAGAUAAAUGAUCUUCAUAAAACGCUUCAAGCUUGCUAUUCCAAACAAGGAUGGACAUAUUUCAGAGGUAGUUUAUAUUACAUUUCUUCUACGACGGCACCCUGGCAACAAAGCAGAAGUGACUGUCAGCAAAGAGGUGCAGACCUGGUGAUUAUUAACAGCAAAGAAGAACAGGAAUUCGUAAGGCGUUUCCAAAAGGUCCUGUGGAUUGGACUGACUGACACAGAGACAGAGAGGAAAUGGAAAUGGGUGGAUGGGACUCUGCUGACUACCAGCUACUGGGCCCGUGGUGAACCAAAUGGACAUCUUUUUGGCAGAGAUGAAGACUGUGCAGAAAUAAUGAACUUUAAUUUGGAAAACAGCUGGAAUGAUGACUCCUGUUACCAGCAAAAAUCAUGGAUCUGUGAGAAGACAUGGCCUGUGUAACUCAAUGUAAAAUCCCAGGAGGUAACUAUAUAAUACAUGAAAAUAAUUAGCAUUUUCCAGUUUCAGCUAAAAUUGCUGAGACUGCACUAACAUUAUGGUUCACUCUUAA